UGACAGGCGGGCGGACGGGCGGACGGGCGGGGCGGCGGACGACGUUCGUCAUCUGCUGCGGGAGGGAGCGCGAGAGCUACGCGGUCGAGCCCUCCGGUGUCCAGGCGGCGAGCGGCGAGCAUGGCUGAGCAGGAGCCCACGGCCGAGCAGCUGGCGCAGAUCGCGGCGGAGAACGAGGACGACGAGCACUCGGUCAACUACAAGCCGCCGGCGCAGAAGAGCAUCCAGGAGAUCCAGGAGCUGGACAAGGACGACGAGAGCCUGCGCAAGUACAAGGAGGCGCUGCUGGGCCGCGUGGCCGUGGCCGCGGACCCCAGCGUGCCGAACGUCGUCGUGACCCGCCUGACCCUGGUGUGCAGCACGGCCCCGGGCCCCCUGGAGCUGGACCUGACCGGAGACCUGGAGAGCUUCAAGAAGCAGUCGUUCGUGCUGAAGGAGGGCGUGGAGUACCGGAUAAAGAUCUCCUUCCGGGUGAACCGAGAGAUCGUGUCCGGCAUGAAGUACAUCCAGCACACCUACAGGAAAGGCGUCAAGAUCGACAAGACCGACUACAUGGUGGGCAGCUACGGGCCGCGGGCCGAGGAGUACGAGUUCCUGACGCCCAUGGAGGAGGCGCCCAAGGGCAUGCUGGCGCGCGGCAGCUACAACAUCAGGUCCCGCUUCACGGACGACGACAAGACGGACCACCUGUCCUGGGAGUGGAACCUCACCAUCAAGAAGGAGUGGAAGGACUGAGCCCCCCCCCCACCGAAGUGCUGACAGGGCCCCCCCCGCGGCCCUCCCCCCUCGGCCCUCCUGCGCCCACAGGCCCCCGCCCGCGGUGGUCUGCCGUUGCUGCUUCUGCCUGUGCUGCCGGGCGGGAGGCCCCGGCCCGAGUCUCCCCUGCCCGCUGUGUCCCCCCAGGUCCCCUCCCCCUGCCACGCCCGCGGCCCUGGCCCUUAGGAGGGAGCGGGGCGGCCCGCGCGGGAGCUGGGGUGCGUGAGGCAGCCCCGUCCAUUUCCCGGCCAGUUCAUCUGUCGCUCAGUACCGUCUAACCAUGAUGCCUUAACGUGUGGAAUGCGUCCCGGGAGCUGCCAUUCACUCCCCGUGUCUGCCCCGCCCACCGCCCCUGCGACAGGGGAGGGGCGCCAGUGCCACCUCCCUGCCCCCCAGCCCCCGGGCCUGGCCAGCCGACCCCUGUCCCCCGGCCGCUGGGGCGAGCCACGUUGCCAAACGCCAGGCACUUCCUGUCCCGUGGGGGGCAGGCGUCCCACACCUCUGCCUGCCCUGUCCCAGCAGCCAGCACUGACCCCUUCCCCGCAGAGCCCCCGGCAGACAGCGCGGCCGAGCCUUCCUGCUCUCCGGACCGCAGUAUUUAUUGCCUCUGUUCGUGCCGUCCUGGGCCCUCCCGGACCCUGCAGGACGAACCUGGGACCAAGUGCACACCGCUGGGGGCCGUCCCCGUGCCUCCCCCCAGUCUCUGUGUGGCGUCUGCCGGGCUCGGCCUCCACAGCCACAGGAGCCCCCGCUUCUCCUCCCCCAACUGGGAAAUAAACUGCCCCGAGGACCCA